UAAAAUACUUUUAAUGAUACAUACAUCCCUCAGGGUGUAUCUUAAAAGUAUUUUACGUCGGGUAUACGCGAUGAAGCUUUAUGCAUGAAACGUUACGAACGUUUUUAGGGAUAAACCGAUGAAAACUAGACGAGAAGUCUAAAAUCCGGGAGUUCGAAAUAGAAAGGUAGAAUGGAAAGGUGGACCAAAGCUGUGCUACAUUCUACGGAAAUAUUUGAGGUUUUCGAGCUAGCACUGGAUCCGCCCGAGGAAAGUGUACCAGAGUCCUGACUCAUGGAGGGGAACCUCCUUCACAUUCGACACGAUGACAAGACCGUCAACAGCUGCCAAAGCUUGACGACGGCCCACGUGUCAGAAGGCACGUGUGCACCGACCGGAAUCUGCGAGCACGGAGAAAGGAUAGGUACUGGAACUUCCGAGGGAAAGGGUUCCGCGAGAGGAGAAGAGAGGAGAGGAGGGCAACGGCCGUCGACGGAAAGCAACGGCGAGAGCGGGCGAGGAAGUGCCUACGUGCCGGGAACCAUACAGCGACCUAGCCGAAAUCAGAUCGUCGCGGGUGACAAGCGCGAUAUAUAUUCGCGCGAUUAAUGAUCGCGAGACUAUCGCUGGCGAUAUGCCAACGCGUCUUGGCAGGACGACCCGCAAAUCGGGAGAUUCGCCGAACGCCACCCGACAAUUGGGGGGCCUUAAGGGGAUGUGAA